CCGGCGCCGUUGGCUGCGGGCGCGGGCCGGGCCGCGGGGAUGGCGCGGAGCACGCUCUCGUCCCGCUUCCGCCGCCUCGACAUCGACCAGUACGACGAGAACCGCUUCGUGGAGGAGCCCGAGGAGGCGGCGGCGGCAGAGCCCGAUGCCAGCCCCGAGGUGGAAGCGCUGCUCAGGCAAGGAGAGGCGCUCCGGGCCUUCCACACCGCCAUCCGCAGCUCCCCGGGAAACACCAGGAACCCGGCCAUGAAGGAGCAGGCCCAGGGAACGAUGCUUAAAGUCCUCACAUCUUUUAAAAGCAGUGAAAUAGAACAAGCGGUGAAUUCCUUAGACAGAAAUGGUGUUGAUUUGUUAAUGAAGUACAUUUAUAAAGGAUUUGAAAAGCCAACAGAAAACAGCAGUGCAAUAUUACUUCAGUGGCAUGAAAAGGCACUGGCAGUAGGAGGCCUGGGCUCCAUAGUCAGAGUUCUCACUGCGAGAAAGACUCUGUAAAGACUGUUAACUUGGACAGAGGUGACGGUCAGGUUUGGACUCUGAAGAAGGAAUGAGCUGAAAUAACACUGGUCCAUCUUUACUAGAGAUUGCAAUCUACUGAAAUCCUACAGUAACCUCCUCUUGGAAUGCUUUUAACCGUAAAGGUGGGGGAAGAGUAAAGGUAUUCCUGCAUAUUCCGACUAUCGCAUAUAGGAGCCAAGACAUUCUCCUGCUCCCUUCUUUAACAGGCAGAGAGAAGGCACACUCCUGCCUCCUGUUACUGUAAGUGAACAGGUGUUUCAGAUGCUGCUUUAGCCAGGUGUGGUGAUAAAAGCUCCUGUGUGUCCUGCUUAGUCCAAGGUAGCAGCGUCUGGGCUGAGAUCCUGCAGCUGAGGGUGGGAGAAGGGCUGGUAGAACAGCGGCUUGGAACGCGUGGGCCAAGGACUCUUGGACUCUGGGGUUGGGUUAAUGUAAAGUGAAGUGCCUGCUGCAUCAAUAAACUUCUUGGAUCACAUGAGUUAAAUUUAUUUUCA